AUGGAUAAACAUAGAGGAAAAGCUGCCGUUUUAAUCAUCUGCAUGUUGUUUAUUUUCGUUUUCGUUUCUGGGGCUGAACGGCAAGAGAAACCGGAGCAAAAGCAAGAAGAAGAAGAGAAAGCAUCUAUUUUUCAGGUGGUGAAAAGCUUAUUUACUGUUUCUACAAGCUCUCCUAUAAGUGGAAGAAGCUAUUGGGAGAAAGUUAAAACAGCAAUCAAUCGAGUACAGGCUCAUUUCUUUCCUCCAAAUCUGGAAUAUUCUUCGGUAAAGUUUACAUUUUUGUUGCUUACAUAUGUUUCUGAAAACGGGAUGAUAAAAUACAGUUUUAGGGUGAAAGAUGAAGCGGGUGAUGGAGGGGAGAAGGUGAAAGGGGCGGUGGCGAAGAGUAUCGAGAAGAGCAAAGCAACUCUGGAGGGGUCGGCAAAAUCGGCUGCUGAAAUUGCAGGGAAAACGGUGCAGAAAACCAAAGACAAAGUUAAAAAGAGCUUCUCUCAGUCGGAGCUUUGA